AAUGAAAAAAAACAGUAUCCAUUUUCCAUUUCUGUUACAGGACAUAAAUCUCUCCACAAUUCUUCCAUCCCCGCACAGAACCAACUACAACCCAAAAAACAAUCUCUCAAUAAGAGAACGGAACAACCUCCGAUCCUCAAAAAUCCUGUAACAAUCUCAACUAUCAAAAAGGAAAAAACCCCUUCCCCUCAACUGUUUGAAAGAAGAACAAGAUCCCGAAACAACCAAAAGCCCAAAAAUGUCCUCCACAACCACACCAAUUUCCACCACCACCACAACCCCGACGCGAACCGGAUCAUCCGAUGACAUAAUCGACACGACGCCGUUUCUUUCCCCUGGUCAACAAAACGAACCCCAUCCCAAUUCAAGCCGCCGAUCCAUCCGCCGCCAAUCCCUUCGUGACGCAGCCAGGUUUCUACGCCGUGCAAGUAGCCGCCGUAUGAUGAGGGAGCCAUCGAUGUUGGUUCGUGAGACGGCGGCGGAGCAGCUGGAGGAGAGGCAGAGUGAUUGGGCGUAUUCGAAGCCUGUGGUGAUUUUGGAUAUCAUUUGGAACUUUGCGUUCGUGGCCGUGGCGGCGGGGGUUUUGGUUUUGAGUAGGAAAGAGAAUCCGGGUGUGCCUUUGAGGUUGUGGAUUUUAGGAUAUGGACUGCAAUGCGUGUUGCAUAUGGUUUGUGUUUGUGUGGAGUACAGGAGGAGGAGAAGGAGGAGAGCUGGGUUUGGAGGAGGAGGAGGGGAUGGUGGGAUUGGGAGUGAUGGGAAUUCGAGUUCCGGUUCGAGAGGUGAUUAUGGAGAGUAUGUCAGUUUGGCUCAGUUAGAAGAUGAUGGAACUAGUGUUGCGAAGCAUCUGGAAUCUGCAAACACAAUGUUUUCUUUUAUCUGGUGGAUCAUUGGGUUCUACUGGGUGUCUACUGGUGGCCAAGCUUUGGCACAAGGCUCUCCCCAGCUAUACUGGUUAUGUAUAGUUUUUCUCGGUUUUGAUGUGUUCUUCGUUGUUUUUUGUGUUGCCCUGGCAUGUGUCAUCGGCAUUGCUGUGUGCUGCUGUCUUCCAUGUAUUAUUGCAAUCUUAUAUGCUGUUACUGAUCAGCAGGAAGGAGCAUCCAAAGAAGACAUUGACCAACUCGCAAAGUUCAAAUUUCGAAGGGAUGGUGAUAUUGACAAGCUCACUGGUGAUGACCAAGGAUGUUUUGGAGGAAUAAUGACUGAAUACGGCACAGAUUCUCCAAUGGAACACGUUCUUUCAGGAGAGGAUGCGGAGUGUUGCAUCUGCCUCUCUGCUUAUGAAGAUGGGGCUGAGCUAAGGCAACUUCCAUGCGGUCACCAUUUUCAUUGUACCUGUGUAGAUAAGUGGCUAUAUAUUAAUGCUACCUGUCCUCUCUGCAAGUACAAUAUCUUGAAGAGCACGAGCCAAGACAGGGAGGAAGUGUAGAAGGAUUGCAAAUACUUUAUAAAUCUGAAGACUUUGUCAUGCCGUUCUAGCUCAAGCAUGCCAUUGGACUAGUACGAGCUCUCGCUAUUGUUGCUGUGGUAGGUGUUCUGUUGGCUGGGGGCAAAUUUCUGUUCUUGGUUUGGCUUGCGAAUGUGCAUGUGUAUAAUGUUGCUUGCCAGUACAUUUGAAUACUAAUUAUGUCUAUUUAUUGUCUCUAACUAGAUAGCAGAAACAUGACAGAUUUCAUACACUCUGGUCUGUCAGGAUUUUCUGUGUGGGUUAACAUUAAGAGUGCUUGGGGGUUCUGGUUGAAUAACAUAAUGUGCGAGAUGUGUUAUUUGUGAAGUGAAUAAAUUCAACAGAAUAUUUCUGAACUC